AUGGAUGCUUAUUCAAUGUCCGUUACCAGUGCAGCACGCAAGAGCUCAUCAAAAAUAUACCAGGAUUUAAAACGGGCUCGACUCUCCACCAUUAGCGGAUCUAGCAUCAUGGAUAAAAUCUUGAAGCGUGAGGCCCUCGACCAGAGCAGGAAACCGCAUGUUGGUAUCGUGGGUGCAGGCUUCGCGGGCCUCAGAUGCGCCGACUUGCUGCUGCGCAACGGUUUCCGCGUCACAGUGCUGGAAGCACGGAAUCGCUUGGGCGGCAGGAUAUUCCAGGAAAGGCUGCCAAAUGGCCACCUGGUAGAUGUUGGCGCAAACUGGAUUCACGGUACAACGGACAACCCGAUCAUGGACCUGGUCCGGGAGACGAAGACGGCAGUCGGCGGUCUGGAGAACCACUUCUACGCGUUCGACGAGGGUGGUCAGCUCUUGCCGUUCGAAGAGGGCGAGAAGUACUCGACCUUGAUGUGGACUAUCAUCGAGGAGGCGUUUGAGUACUCGAAUAAGUGCGGCUCAGAGAUAGACCCGGAUAGGUCACUGUUGGAUUUCUUCCAGGAGCAGGUUACGAAGAGGAUACCCGACACGGAGGAAGGUUAUGUGAGGCAAAGACGCAUGGUUCUCCAGAUGGCUGAGCUAUGGGGGACCUUCGUGGGCAGCCCUCUCAGCACACAAAGCUUGAAGUUCUUCUGGCUGGAGGAAUGCAUAGAGGGCGAAAACCUCUUUUGUGCGGGGACAUAUAACAAAGUCCUAGAGAGGGUCGCCCAGCCAGCUGUUGGCGGCGCAGACAUUCGCUACCAAACCCGCGUGUCCGAAGUACAUGGGAAAUCCACAGGGCAAAACGACACGGUCAAGGUCAAAACCACCGAUGGUCAGGUCCUUGAGUUCGAUGAAGUUGUGGUUACCUGCCCGCUGGGCUGGUUAAAACAGAACCUACAAUCCUUCUUCCCUCCGCUUCCCGACCGGUUAUGCAAAGCCAUCCGAAGCAUCGGUUACGGGACCCUAGAGAAGGUCUACAUCUCAUUUCCCUCCGCCUUUUGGCUCACUCCGUCUCCGGACGACGGCCGCACAGUGCAGGGCUUCUGUCAGUGGCUUGCCCCGACAUACGCGCCCAAUCUGAACCCCAACCGCUGGCUCGAAGAAAUGGUCGAGCUCGGCUCCCUUGCCGCCGGCCACGCCCACCCAACUCUCUUAUUCUACACCUAUGGGGAGCAAUCCCGGUUCCUCACCUCCAAACGCCGCUCCCUCCCCUCUGCUAAGGACAGAGACGCCUUCCUGUUCGAGUACUUCAAGCCGUACUACUCGCGCCUGCCGUCGUACGACGCAUCCAACCCGGACUGCCAGCCCACAGCCUGCUUUGCGACAGACUGGUCGGGCGACGAUCUGGCGGGCAACGGGAGCUACGCCAACUUCCAGGCGGGAUUGCUCGAAGGGGACAAGGAUAUUGUAGCUAUGCGGAACGGCAUGCCGGCGGAGGGGAUAUGGCUUGCGGGAGAGCACACGGCGCCGUUCGUCGCCCUGGGAACGGUGACGGGGGCGUACUGGAGCGGCGAGCAAGUUGCGAAGAGGAUUGCCCAGGGGGAUCGGAGACCUCAAGACGGGGACGGCGAGCUGAAGGGGCCUGAGGUGGAAAGGGGGGAAUAG